CGUUGACUUCAAAAAUAAGCUGGUCGAUUUCUCAGCUAUUCCAUAUGUUGAAAUUGAAAUGACCAGCAUUUUUCCCAGGCAGCCAGGGAAGCAACAAUGCAGUUUGCUUCGGUGAUGAGAGGCUGGAACCUUCCAUGCCUUGGGCUAACCAUUAUCAGUACCUAUGUCACGUUUUAUGCUUUGAUCUAUUUUGGUCAAUGGCGGGUAGUUAUCCUCAUGCCCGGACUGUCGUGCACCCCGGCUUCGGGCGGGGGUCAUGACAGGACCGCACUCUAGAACGCCUUCCCAGCGGCUUCCGUCCUCCUCGCUUAUAUCAAAGGAGAGGCCAUGCG